AUGGAUAAUCAAAUUUUUAGUAAGAUUGUUAAUACAUGCAUUACAUGUCCUCAAAUAAAGUUAGAGCAGCCAUUUAAAGUCCUGCUUACUUUUCACGACGCAAAACAUGUUUUAGAAGUUUUAAUUCAAACUUUAUCAAAAGCGAGAGAUGUUUCCACAAAACAAAGAGUAUCAUCCUUAAUCCAAACAUAUAUAAUGCGUAAUUUUGAUAAACUGAAUGCUACAGAUGAAGACCUAGUCAAUGUUUUGCAGUUAAUUACCACAGAAACACCUAUUUCAACCGAAAGAGAGCAUAUAGAGCAGUUUUGCAAGUCAGUAGAAUUCAUUUUAUCUAAAAUAAAGUCAAUGCCGACUUCAAAAAUUUUUAAUUUUAUUGUAUCAAAGCCUUAUCCAUACUCAGCGAUAACAUUAUCAUUACUUACUAAGAACGAAGAAAAGUACUGUGCACCAACUCUUAAAUAUAUCGUUGCUGUUCAUAAAGAACCAAACCCUCUUUCAUUUUACGCAGCAUCUCUUUUCUUUGAGCAUCACAAUCCAUCCAAAUUUACAGCUGAAGCUCAAAAAGAGUUCAAAAUCGAAGUAAUUAAGAAUUCUUUGAUUUCUGCUUUUAAUUACAAACUUAUUCACAAACUAUCAGCAUUAAUAUUACUAGAUACAUUAUUUAAAACAGCUUCACAUGAUGUUUGCUUAUCAAUUAUGUCUUCUAUGAUUGAAAUUUUUAUUCUACAAUUAAAAGACCAAGAUCCAACACUAAGAACAGAACUAGUCAAAGUUCUUACGAAUCUACCACCAGAAAUCGGCUUUGCCAAUGAAUUAUUGACAGCUAUUUCAUUCAGAUUCGAAGAUUGUCAAGAAGAGUAUGAAAAAGCCGCAAUUUCAUUUUUAUUUAGUCGCAGAGCUGUUCAAUCACUUCCUGCCAUUCUCAAAACUCUUAUAGAAACAAAAGAAACUUAUAUUGCUGGAGUUGUUUUUGCUGCAAGGCUUGGCUUGUUUUCUGAAUCAGAUAAACUACUCCAAGCUGUAUUCCCACCAACACCAAAGGAGACUGUAGCGUUUGCAGCGUUACAAGCCAUUUGCGUAAUGUCGGAAUUCAAAUUAAUGACAGAGUCUGUUUUUACGGCAUCAUUUCCUACUUUAUUGUAUUGUUUGACGUCGGUAACUAUACUUGAUAACAUGAUUAUGCUGAAAAUGGCAACGCGAGCUUUAGAUUUGCUUCCAAAUUCUGCAAGUGGCUUUCCUAAGGUUUAUUUGGAUACCAUUCUCAAGAAUAUAAACAAUUUCAAGUACAAUGACAUCAUUGAGAAGGUUUCUGCUUCAGCAUGGCAAGUAUUUGAACAAAAUAAGACAAUUCCAACGCAAUUGAACCAAUCACAGUUCUCAGCUAUAUUCACAAACUUGGCGUUGAGAUAUUUGGGAUCAGCAAAUUUCGAUAACUCUCGAAAUGAAAUUGUAAAAAUGAUGUCAAUUGUUUCUUCCUCGGCCUUUCAAAAAUUCAAUGAUUUACAAACUCAAAAAUUGAAUAGUUUACAAAAUCAAAAUUCGGAAAAUGAAACUGAGCAGACAGUUAGUGUUGGUGAUGAGAGAUUUUCAUUUAGCACACUAAUUCUCAGUGCAGUUCCGGAAGAUUAUGCUGAUAGUGUAAGAACAGAGGCAAAUCUACUUAUGCAGACGAAGCCAAUUGCUGUUAUGAUAUCAGUAAGUCUUCCUAAGAUCUCUGCUUUCUUGCCAAGCUUAGUUAGAGCUGUAAGAGAAUCUGAACCUCCAGAUCUUAAGUUAGUUGAAGAUUUCAUUAAAGCUGGAAUGAAUUCAUGCGGAAUAGACUUCAUUCCUUAUCUCAGGAAGUUUAUAGAACCUGUAGAAAGAAGUUCCAAAUAUUUUAUCGUAUCAAUCAAAAGGAAAACGAAAGGCUUCAUACCAGAAGCACUUAAUGGCAUAAGUUAUGCAUGCACAUUAGAUAAUUGCUCGGAUUAUCUUCAGGAUUUGAUCAAAAUCCUCGAUGAUUCCAUAGAAAGUCCAGAAAGUAUCGUUCCAAUGAAGAACAACGUCAUGAACGCUGUUAAUUCAAUACUUUCUGUCUGCAAAGACACCAAAAUACCUUCAUCUUUAUCAAAUAAAUUGUUUUCAGAAGUUUCGAUGUCACCUUUGUUUACAAAACUUCUGAAACAUAUUCCAGAGAGUGAAACAAAUUUGUUAAAGACAGCCAUUUUAUCAUAUGCAAAGUAUAUUGCAUCAAAUAAAGAAGAAAAUACGGAAAAUGAAGAAUUUGUGAACCAAAUCUUUUCAAUUAGUGAUUCUGAAGAGAUUUUGUCCUGCUUCUUAUCAUCAUGCUUAUCAGUAGUGUCAUGUGAUGAUCCUAGUUCUAUCAUAGACCUCUGUCUUAAAGCUGCAACAACAUUUAACUCAUCUCAUACGACAAACUCUCUUAAUUUUGGAGAAUUCGUGUAUGGAACAUCAAAACUAGCUAUAUCCCCAUCAUUACCACUCAGAGUUCUUCUCAGAGACUGCAUUGUUCAAUUAUUUAAUUUAACUUUGCCAGCAGACACGAAUUCUCCAUUGCAUCUUGCAGGAUCGAAGCUCUCCCCUGCAGAAGUAGUCUCUUUUGCUUCAAGUCUCUUUGAUUUGGCGACAUCUAAAUUUGAUGAAGAUCAAAGUUGCAAAUUAGCAUUAUUAGCAGCACAAAGCCGCCCUCUGCAGUUCCAUCAAGCACUUUUCAUAAGGAGUUUGACGAAUCACGCAGCAAAAUCCAUAGUUUCAGAUAAUAGAAAGACUUUGAUACAUUUUCUCGAAGGCGCUGAGGAGGCAUCAGAAGAAGCAUACUCGUUAUGCUUAGAAACAGCCGUAAUGUUAUUCAAAGGAGACAAUUUUGUCUUUACAGACCGAUUUUUAUCGGUUCCACUCACUAAAUUCGGCAGAAGGUCACUUGAAUAUUUCGUACGAACAUCUGAGCACAGAGAUAACUACUUAAAUGCUUACGGAAGAGUAAUAUCUGGUUUGAAAUUCCCAACAACGCCAUCUGAACAAUCAGAUUUCCUGGCAGCUGGAUAUUUCCAUGCAUUAUACGUAAUGGUCAACGUAGAUGCCGCUUCCGAUGCCUUAAAACAAACAUUUGGACAACAUGUCGCUCAUUGCAUUACAUGGUUGUCACUUUUAUUAGCAUCAAAUUCCACAAUUUCCAAAUCAUUGCAGAAAGAGUUGAUUGGACAUCUAACAACAACUCUAGAUCAUAUUUUCGCUCGUGUUGGAAGAAGUAGUAAUGAACCGAUCGAAUUAUCCCUCAAAACGCCUAAAAAGCUCUUCCUUACACUCGGAACAUUGGCAAAUGCCCUCAUGAUGGUAGAUUUCUCGCUUCUUGUCGAUUUUUGCCGAGCAUUAUUCCCAUUACUUUCUUCUGCUAUUCCGCAGAUCAUUUUAACAGCAGGAAUGGUACUUGCUCGUCUUCUAAGUCGCGUUUCGAUGCUUGAUUCCGAUGCUUCCAACCAAUUAUUACCCAAAUUAAGAGAAUCUCUUGCUUACGCGUUCGUAAAAGCAAAUGACGAAAGCUGUAGGAUCCUUUCUGGUCUGGCAGCUGAAACAUUCCAGCGAUCUGCAAUAGAUUUGUUCACAAAUGAAGAUAAAGUCAAACUUAUAAAUGGAAGUUUACAUGGUCUCAAUUUUCAAGGGGAAGAUUUUCGUCAAGAAAAUGUCACUUUUGUUUGUAAAGUUGCCAGGCAAACACCAAAAGAAUAUUUAGAGGAAUACAUUGACCAAGUCUGGGACUUUGCUGUUCAUUCACGAUCAUUUGAAACAAUGUCUGUUCUUUGCGGAAUGGAAUUGAAGCCAGAACGAAUUCCUUGCGACAUUUUGGCCGAAUCUCUUGUCGCAAUAACAAACAUUGAUUACCCAGGACACAAUGAGUGCAAAGAGUUUGUGCAGGCAAUAUUUAAGACAGUGGAAAUGAAAGAAAUCGUUUCUUUAAUUCCUUCAAUUUUCAAAGAUAAAUUUGAAGAAAUUUCUGAUGAUGUAUUGAAGUUGGUCACAAAAGGAAAUGCAACAAUGGCUUCUUUGGAUAUGAUUGUCCUUAUUUCUAGAGGAAAUCAAGAAAAAACUCAAAAAGUUAUUUCGCAUUUGAUCGCAAUUGUUGAUGAUGGAGAUCACGUCCUUCGCGAUAAAGCAACUGAAUUGCUUGUUCAAGUGAUUUCCGAUGAUUAG